GUUACAACAGCACAGGGAAUGCUUGAAGACACAAAACUUCAGACUAUGCCUUUGGCAUUUGAAGAAAACAGCAACCAUGUAAGCAGGUGUGUGUUUUACUCUGUCUGUAGAUACCUCUUUGAGGAUACAUUCUACUAGGUAACAUCUGCAAUUUGGUAACAACUGGUCUGGAAUAAAAUGCUAGUAAGCAGUAAGAUUUACAGAAGAAUAAAAAAAGAAUAGCAAGACUCACUUGACUCAAUAAGCCUGUAAGCAUUCCUGUCCAACAGCUUUUAUUGAGAAGAGUAAGAUCCAGUAGAAGAGCAGUAAGAAGAAAAACAGCUGUAGAAAAUAUUAGUAUAGAUAACCGCAUUGCUGCCACAACCUAGCAAAAAACACGUAUACAUUCAAGUAUGUUGUUUACUGUAAGAACAUAAAGAAUUUUUCAGUCAUGGAAAUCAAAAAAUUAUCUUUUACUGAUUAAAAAAUUAUUCUCUAGAAUGCAUAUCAACUAUAACAUUUUGGGUUUAUUACUUUUAAAAUAUCCUAAGCCAUCCUAUUAUUUUAAAAACAAUUAUAUACACUUCAGCUUGCAAAAAUUAUUUGAUAUAUAGGAGAUUAAUUAGGUUAGCAGCAGGUUUAGCUGCUUCUCGCAGUCAAUAUUUUCCACUUUAGGAGGACACUAACCAGCCCGUCUCUUCACCAGGACAUGCCUAACCCUGGGAAGCCCUGCAGGCUCCCAGAGACAUGGGGCCUCAGCAGUUGAUAAAGCAAACCUAUAAUUCUGAUAAGUCACAGCAUGAGAUUCCUUUUACUGUCCCCUGAGCAAUGAGUGAUAGAUGUGAUGACAUACUGCCACACUUGUUCCUCAGUAAUAAAAGGCUAUUUGGCCUGGGGAAAGCCUGACUCUUCACUGGAAACAACACUACUGAUGACAGCAGCUGGCAAACUUGGUGAUGACUUGGGUACACAACAAAGAAAACACUCUACUGUUCACAAAAACAUAACACAUGCCAGAACUUCAACCCUUCCCUGCAUUCAGAAUGAGCAGCUUUUGCUUCUCUCACCCUGCUACUACCACAAGCACUUUGGACAGGUCCCUGAGACCUCAGGGACUUAAUGUUCCUCUUCAACCACUCACCAAACCCUCUGCUUCACCCAGACAACAGAACAAGUGUCAACUGCAUCUCCCCAGGCUGCUGACAGCUCUUGAUUGCUAUUACAGACUGGGGCUGUGCCAAGUUUCUAAAGCAGAGUCUUCAAGUCUUCUACAUCCAGAGCUGAGGCCAGCAUGGUAAAAACAGGGCUGGGAGCAGCUCCUGCAGCAGUGGCUUGCACACAAUUGUCACUUCCUUUGGAAACCUGGUCCCAGCUCAGAUGCAGAGUUUUCCUGCAAACCUGGCCCUUAAAGCCCAUACCUGUUCCCACUGCAAUCAGUGGCAACUGAAUCAGUUCUGAUUGCUUUAAUAAGGGCAGGCACAGCAACUUAAUUAGAAAAUUAGUAACUGCAAGGAAAGGAGGGAAUGCUCAACAGCCUGGCAGAUCCCUGGAAGGAAGAAAGCAAAGGAGCCAGUUGUCCUUAAGACCAAGAUUUUAGCCUUUCACUAAAAAAAAACCCCAAGAAAAAAAAAAAAAAAAAGAUAAUAUGAGAGAUUGGCAAAAUGGCCUUGAAGGUGUUUUAAACAUCUUGUAUAAUAUAUAAUUGCUUUUCAGCUCUUGAGUACUCUACUUUUAGAUCUAUCCCCUGGGAAGAAAAUAUGAAACAUGCUGAAAUGCACAGCCCUCAACAGCAAUCAGUAUUUUCCACUUUCCUUUGUGCUAGAAGUAAUUAAAACUUUGCUUAAAACUUCUUGCUAUUUGACAGGUACAAAGACAAAUCAAGUCUAAGGUAUGUUUUUCAUGUUAGCCCAGCUGAGUGCCAGAGAGAUAUUUUUCAUCAGCUCCUGUGUUUUAAGAAAAUUGAGAUUCUCAACUCAUUACUCCAUGAAAAAUCUUAGUGUCUGGAGGCUCACAGCCAAACACUCCAGAAUUUUUAUGUGUUCGGAUUACCUGCAGUCAUGGAGGGCUUGCAUAACAGGCUUUUAGGGGGCUAUUUGUACCCUGGUAAAUGCACACACCUGAAGGCAGGACCACCAGGGCCAAGCCAAGCUGUGCAGUGUUAACCCACGUGCCCCCCCAUCUGCAGUAUUUGGGAAAAAAACUACCCUUUGAGCAAUCUAUUCACGAUGACAUUUGAACUUGUUUUUGACAGAAGUAUCUGCUUAAUACCUACUGUGACCUAGCCAUCAGCAAUCAUUUGCCUAGGGGCAAUAAGAGGAUCAAGGCCUGGGAAUAUGCAAUGGAACAUUUGAUAGAAUAGAUAUAGGGUAAGAAUUAACUUGGAUAUGCUUUAUCGGGAUAAAUAAUAAACACUGACUUGUGUUUAUUAGUCUGGGUGAAGCCAUUUUGUUCUGUCCUCAAAUGAGGGAAACAUGAGCUUAAGAGACUCUGGCUCUCCCACUUUCAGCUCUGUAUGACACAAAUAUACCAGCUGCUGGCUCUGACAGGGGUCUGAGAUGUAGUAUGCCAAUGCAUGAGAAAAAUUCUUUGUCUAAAAAAAUCCCUUCUGUUCAGAGCAGUGUCCUGUUGGAGUUAAUUGCUAAGCUACCAGCAGUCAAGAAAGAAACCAGAAGCUAUAACUUUUUGAAUUUCCAAAGCUCUGGAAUAGGAUCUAACUCAGCUAACAAGAUGCAUCAACCUAGAAUUCAGUACAGAAGGCAAGAUACGUGGUCAAAACUUUUGAAGUGGGCAGAAAUUUUGCCUGUGAGAAAACCCAGAUGCAGGCCCUUCAUUAGCAGCACCCAGCCCUUGGCAAAAUUACAUCUUGCCUUUCUCCUGCACCACCCUUCAUCACUGAUGUCUGGGUUAGCAGAGAGCACUUACACAAUCUCUACAGCCUCCUGCCUCUGGAACAACAGAACAGAAGCAAAACACCACAGGGGAUGAAAUGAGGCAACAAAAACAUCUAGGUUGUGUUAGGACAGUGUGCAACAGCUCACUUUGAUGUGAAUGUGGGACUUGCUCGUGGAUGUCUUUCCUAGCCUUAAUGAUUGCUUCUAUUAGGCUGCUCAGACAGAGUGCUGUGAUAGUCCAUUUCUGGGUACAAGCUUAGCCCCUCAGUACAGAAAAAACAAGUGUUUCUAAGCAAGACUCUUGCAGCUGAAUCUGCUCAGGGAUUAGUGCACUCUGGUAAGGGCAUAAUUUGUGGGCAUUUACAAAAUGUCCUUAAAAUGCUAUGUGUUAGAAGGGUGCAGCUAACAUUGCAGUAGGUACAUUGCAGUAUUUAUAUAAUAUUCUCUGACAAAUUUGUGUAUGCACCAGGAUGACACUGGUAGCCAACAUUACAUUCAAACAUCUUCUGUAAUCUCAGUAUGAGUAAUAUGCUGUAAUUGCCCAUUACUGCUUAACCCCCAAAAUAUUAUGAGCUGCUCCCAUUCUCUGCCUGCCAUAAUCUCUUUUUGUGUCUGACUCAUGGACAGCUUCUGCCAGGCAUGCUCACAUUGGUUAGCACCUCAGGGCUGCAUCAUCCAGCAUCAUGCUGAUCACAGUCCAAAUGGUUCAGCCUGUGAGAAAUUCCGUGUAUCUACAGGCACCCCAUUUACUUUCAGAGGCUGGAAGACUGCAGGGAUGAACUUCCUAAUCUAUGAGAACACAGGCUGGAACGACAAACAAAACACAUCAGAGCCAUCAUCCCAUUUUGCUUUUACUAAGCUAUAAUCACAGUUCUCAAGAAAUAAAUAGAGUCAACACAGAAAUGACAAAGGAAUAAAGCACAAUCUGUCUUACUGCAUUUACAUUUUUUAAUAGAGUCUUUCAAUUUUUUUAAGAACAAGCAUUUUUAUAUUUCAUGAAAAGGUACAAUAUGUAGCUGGAUGGCCUCUGCAUGGAAGAAAAUAUCACUGUGAAAAUGUGUCUCUUCAUCCUCUAGAAACUAUUACUUCACAUGUAAUGUACAGGACAAGCAGACAGGGCCAAGUUCAAAAGUUAUAACUUCAUGGUGGGAAGUGCCUUUUGUAUGAGCCUAAUACUCGCAUAUCAUGCUGAGAAAGUGGAAGACUUUAGUAUAAGGCCUUUGCCAGAGCAAAGAGAUUUAGAAAAAGAAGUGUCAGACUACAAUACAGGAUCAAAAAAAAGAGAGAAUAUUCCAAUUUCUCCACUAUCUGUGCUAUUGAAAUCAGGUAACUUAAGCUCUUGAAAACUUAGAUAGGGCUCUUAAAUGAGCUUUUUUGCAUGUGGCCCUGCAUACCCUAUAAAAUACAUGAAUUCAUCCAACUUGCACAUGGAACUUUCUAAGUGCAUAGAUCUUUUGCAUAAUUAAAAGCAUAAUUAUACCUAUCAUGACAAUUUCCUUAUGGCUACCAUGGGCUAUCCACAUGUGCAACUCCAAGUGCUUCUCUUGGGCUCCAUAGGUCCAAAGAGCAUAAAACCAAAAACAUAUUGAAUUACCCUCCCCUUACUGCAAGAGCAACUCAUGUAUCCUUUCCUUACUGGAAUGCUUCGCUUCACCAGUAGGAGCUAGGUAUUUAAUAGAUUUAUUAUGUAAAAUGCUACUUCGUGUGGCAUGAUGUCAUUUUUUAUGUUUCUCUGGGAUCAUCCCUUUGACAUCUUUCCAGGAUGCAGGCCUAGGUCCUGUAGCACUGCUCCCAGUUCCCAAAACACAACACCCCGUUUGCAGUCCCGCCUUAGCCAGCAGCAGCAUCUGUCCCACGCUGGAGCCCCGGAAAUUCUCCAUCCUUCAUUCGCCAGGCACAGCUGUGUGCAGCGAGGCAGGGGCUAGCCAUUCCAUGGCUAAUGAGGAAGAGGAGAGAACAGAAAGCAGAUCCAGCCCACGAAGUGCUGCUAAGGAGGAAGGUGGCACCGGUACCUCCAUUGCCAGACUCGCCGCGCUGCUUCGCACCCUCCCUUCAGCGCGGCCGGGCCGGGCCGCCCUCAGCCCUUCCCUAGCGCGGCCGGGCUGGCCGGGCAGCUUAUGUAAGGGCAGAGGCGGGGCCGGCCCGGCUGCGGGGGCGGUGGCAGCAGCAGAGCCAUGUCCUGGUACCGCAACACCGUGUGGUUCGUGAAGGGGCUGCGGGAGUACACCAGGUGGCACGGUUCAUCUGGUUUGCCGAAAUAAGGAAAGGGCUGAAGUUGCCAAAGAGGAAAUAGUGGCAGAAACGGGCAAUCAGCUCCCUAGUGUGACAACCAACAUUACUCUACAGUUCUUUAAUGGAGGAGAAUUAGAUCAGUCCUUUUGUAGAAAUAAAUGCUUUCCAGCUGACUAUAGCUGUGUAAUCCCAUGGCUUUAGUAAGGCUGUUGAUUAUCUGUGUUACCUCCUUCUCUAACUGUAGUCAGGCUGCCUGGGAAGAGAGAACAUCUUCUUGCACAUUGUGGAUAUAUCUAAUCCCAAGGAAAUAUGGAAAUUUGCUGAAAAAUUCCAAAAUGAACAUAAAUUAAAUGUGUUGAUCAACAAUGCGGGAUGUAUGGUGAAUAACAGAGAGUUAACUGAAGAUGGACUUGAAAAGAACUUUGCAACAAACACUUUGGGUACAUAUAUCAUGACAACUGCCCUGGUGCCCCUCCUGGAAAAAGCAGCUGAUGCCAGAGUGAUAACUGUCUCUUCUGGGGGCAUGCUAGUUCAAAAAUUAAAUGUAUCUGACUUGCAGUCGGGAAAUGGGCCAUUUGAUGGAACUAUGGUGUAUGCACAGAACAAGAGACAGCAAGUUGUCCUGACAGAACAGUGGGCAAAGACUUACAGAAAUAUCCAUUUCUCUGUGAUGCACCCUGGCUGGGCAGACACUCCAGCUGUGAGGUCAUCCAUGCCUGAUUUCUACGAGAGGAUGAAGAACUCACUGCGCACAGAGGCCCAGGGAGCUGACACCGUCCUGUGGCUGGCAGUGUCAGCUGAAGCAACAAAGCUGCCCAGUGGCUUGUUCUUCCAAGACAGACAACCAGUCCCUACACACUUACCCCUAGCAUACACCCACAGUCCACCAGAGGAUGAAGAGAAACUAGUGGAGAUGCUGGAAGAGUUCUCCCAGAAGUUUAAAUCUGUUUCUCCAGGAAUUUAGUGUCUGCUGACACAGUGUCACCACAAAUCUUCUAAUUACACAGUAAUCUGCUGUUGAGGGGAAGUAGGAUGCCGUAGGCCUGUUAAAAACAAAUUAGGUUCAGGUGUUCUCAUAAUGAGAUGGUAGAGUGGCACCUGUGUGCCAAGUCUGCUGCCAAGUCUCUCCCAUUGUGAAAAUGCAGUUGCUGCCUCAAGACACGCUAAGGUUGUGUUCUUUGGAUUGGAAGAAAAAUUGAGAGGCAUUAAAAUAAGCCCUGAGACUUUGUAAAGUUACCUAGAAUAAUUUAAAACACUCAGCACAGAGAAAUGCAGAGGAGUGUACUUUCAGUAGCUUUCAUGAAGGACUUCAGGAAAGUGGGAAUGUUUUAAACAAUUUUUAACUCCUAUAUUUGACAGGUUGGUGGCUUCCUUCUCUGCAUGAGGGUGAUUAGGCUCAAACAUGUAACUGGGAAUGCAGAAACUGUCUUGCAGAGCCUGCUUAGUUUAAAGGGAAGGAUUCCUCACAGCCUUUAGUUUCUAUAAAUUGGUGCUGGUAUGCAGAAGUGAUCUGCUUCCUCAUGUUUAAAUAGCAAGAAUACAGGAACACUGCCAAAUGCCUUCCACAUUACUUGAUGGAGCCAGGGCUAAAUAUUAUCCCAUUUAUGUCAAAAUACCAUGAAGUAGGAGGUUUCAACACAACACACCCAGACAUGUCUGGAGACAGCAGAGAAAUAGUUGCAUGACUGUAGGCAUGAAAAGAAACAAUGUGCUAAGGUAUACCUUGCAUGCUUGCUCUUUCUGUGAGAGAUUAAAGGGGAUUGUUUUAUCACUGUGAAUGGAUUAAGAGGGGAAGGGAACACUGGCAGGGCACAGGUUUUAGAGGAGAAUCUACCUCCUGAUGCGAGGUUUGUGUUUUGUCUGGAUCUGUUUACUUCCAGACACAGAGGACAGGAUUCAUCUUACCUGUCUGUGGACAUUUGAAUUACUCACUGAAUUUGUCACUCUAAAUCAGUAGAGGGAAAAAUGGGCUUUUCACAGGGAUUUACUGGAUCUAGUUUAAGAAACACCACCUACAGUGCUGCAUCUUUCUAACAGUGCUGAAGACAAUCAGCUCAGACUAAGACAUUCUGGUGGGACUAAUUUUAUCUUAAUUAUUUCAGAUUUACUGCAAAGCCAAAACUAUUACUAACCAAGGUAAUGCCUUUACUCCUGAACUGAUUGUGUUUAUUAACCAGCUGCCUCCAGAACUCAGCCAAGUUGCUGCAUUGUUUCACAUGUGGCUCACACCAGUGUGGUAGGACCAAGGGUCUAAACACAAAUGUAACACAGAUGUUCUUGAGCUCUCUGCAGUGACUGGCAGCUAAAAACUGCUGAUGGACAAAGGAGAGCUCCUUCCAUCUGCUCUACAUAAUUUAGUUUCCUCCUGGCUGAUGGUAUUUCUUCAUCAGUCAAACAACUCCUAUUAAGUAAGAGUUUAAGAAAAAAAACUGCUGUUUUCAGUCAAUGUCCUUAAAAAUAAAGACUUUACUGUCAGAGAAGCCCUGAGAAAAGAUUUCCCAUGAUAAGCAGUGCUGAGACCAGUCAAGCUGUCACAGCUCCUCCUGAAGAGGCUGGGUCACCAUUCAAGUUAUUGCCUCAUUUAUAAAAUUAACUCCUUCUUGCACUUCAGUGAAAGAAAACAACAGCAAGGCUUGUACAGAGGUUUAUUUCCUGCAAAUCUGAUAUUAACAUUUUCUGUGGUUUCAACUGUUAAAUACAGUUACCCAAAACAAGAGCAUGGCUGGAAGUAUAUAUAGUAACUACAUUUCUUAACCCAAUAGCUGCAAGGCUAAUAAAAACAUUUGCAUUAUUUAGUAUUUACACCAAUUUGCUUCUCAGCUCUGCAGUACAGAAGAAAAGUUUAAUGACUGGUAUUUAAAUAGUUCAUAAAAGUAAAAACUGUGCACUGUAUUUGUAUAUAUUUAACACAUUUUAGUCCACAUUCUGCACUAGUGUAUUUGAAUAUGUCUGUAUUUUUAAUUUUGUGUCUCAGCUUAAAAAUGAAGUCAAAAUUAAGAAAACUGCUUUAAUUAAAGUUUGGUCACAGUGUCAAAGAGUAA